AUGUCCGACGAAUACGUGGACUUGCCCGUCUCGGACGAGGAUGACGAGGAGUUCAUGGAUGAUAGUGAGGAGGAGGGUGGUGGUGGAAGCUCGAAGAAAAAGGCCAAGCAGCACGUGGAGCAGCUCAAGCGGCUGCAGCAAAAAGCUAGUAGGUAUUUCAGAGAUCCUGAGUUCUAUAAAUAUUUAGAACAGUUUGAUAAAGAUUUGUUGGGAUUUGAUGAUGAUGAUGAUGAAAUCGAGUUACUUGGUGCCCCAAGCUUUGGAGGGAAGAAAGAGGCAAUCAGUGAGCUGAUGCUGAGUAAGCCAUGGAAGAGACAUGGUAAUCUUAUGAGGAUCUAUCUUGCCAAUGCGCUUCAUAUGAUAACAGAGAUGACCGAUGAGCAAAUGAUAGCAUUUACUAUACACCGUGUCAGAGCAUCAGCUCCUAUGGAAGCAUGUUAA